GUUCAAGCAACUUUCAGACUCUUCAGUCAACGACCAGAUCGAUUUUUUACUUCACUAAAUCUGCAGGAACCAGAUUUCAUCAUUUCAUCAAACAGUCAAAAUGUCUUACUCUAAGAAGAUUGCCGCCAUCGCCGGUUUCUUUGCCGGUGUCAAUGCCCACAUGGUCAUGACCAGCCCCGCUCCCUUCAACCCUACUGCUCUCAGCAACGCCCCCCUUGCGCCUGAUGGAAGCGACUUCCCUUGCAAGCUCACCGGCGCCUACACCGCUUCCGGUGGCGAAGUGAACAGCUACGCCCUUGGCUCCCAGCAGAAGCUUGCCUUCAAGGGCUCAGCCGUCCACGGUGGUGGCUCUUGCCAGGUCUCCAUCACCUACGAUGAGAACCCAACCAAGGACAGUGUCUGGAAGGUCAUCCACUCUAUCGAGGGUGGCUGCCCUGCCCGUGACACUCCCGGUAACCUCCCUGCCGACAGCGCUGACUUCGCUGAUCCCUACACCUACGACUACACCAUCCCCUCCAACAUCCCUGCCGGAAAGGCUACCAUUGCCUGGACUUGGCUCAACAAGAUCGGUAACCGUGAAUUUUACAUGAACUGCGGUGCUCUCGAGCUCACCGGUGCAGGUGGUGACAAGGCCAACUUCGACAAGCUCCCUGACAUGCUUGUCUUGAACAUCAUGGGCAAACCUAGCACCAUCGAAGGUAGUGACUACAAGUUCGAGAACCCCGGCGACUCUGUCGAAGACAACACCGUUGCUGGCUCCGUUGCCACUUGCGGUACUGGUGGUUGCACUGCCGGUGACAGCGCCCCCGCUGCUCCUGCUGCUCCUGCUGAUCCCUCUAACGGCGGUUCUUUCGUCACUCAGCCUGCCACCUCUGCCCCUACUCAAGCUCCUGCCGCUCCCGCCGCUCCCGCCGCUUCCUCCGCUCCUGCUGCUCCUGCCGCCCCUGCCGCUCCCGCUGCCGGCUCCGGCUCCGCUCAGUCCGGUGCUUGCAGCCCCGAGGGUACCUUCAACUGCAUGGGCUCCAGCUACCAGCAGUGCGCUGCCGGCAGCUGGUCCGUCAGCAUGCCCAUGGCUGCUGGCACCAUUUGCACUGGUGGCCAGGGAGCUACCCUCAGCAUCGCCGCCGCCGGCCGCAAGCGCUCCGGCCGCGCUUUCCGCGCGUAAAUUUUCUCUCAUCAUCACAUACAUUCUUGAGAGCGGUCUCACGGUGUUAUAAUGACGGUCCGGAUUCCUUCUAUUUCUCUCUAGAGAAUCUAACGACGGGUUGUUAUGACUGGAUACAACAAAACUUUUUCUCUCGGGGUUGUAUUCUAUUCAAUAUUUGGGGCUAUCACGACUAGGGAGCGGGCUGCAUACUUUUUCACUUCAUCUUUCCAUCUCGGUGCAUUCACAUUCUUCUUCUUCUUCACGACACUAUUUUAGCAUUUUAGACUUUUCGAUGUAACAUUAGCCAUUUCUCUGUACAUAGGUACCACGUUUUUGCCGUACAAAAAAUCAAUACAGGCGCUGAUCCAUAUAUACCUGAGCCAUGCUUGAGCGAG